GUGACCAAGUUUCCCAAAUGUGACUUUCACUAAAUUCAGUGCCAAACAAUGUUUUGCUGUAAAGAACUUAAACUACUCUACGCUACUGUUGUUCUUUUACUAGAAGCUGAGUUAUUGGUGAACACAGGUGCUAUGGAGUCGAAGAGGUCUUCCAUUCUGGUCACUCAAAAUGCAGACGAUCUAAAAUCUUUAGAAUUGUGUACGACCAGAAAUCAACAAAGAUUGGGUAGUGUGUUUGGGAAUUUUACUCGACACCAUAAAAAAGGUCACAGAAGAAGAACUACAACUACCACGUCAUCAACACAAACUACAAUAGUUUAUACAACUAUCGAUACAGAUGAAGAUUCUACUGAGUCUUAUACGACGAGUGCCUAUAAUAUUAGCACAACCACAUAUCCUAAUCUGCCCAAACCACUUCGUUUGUCCUCUGAAUUAGAUAAAGAUUUCAAUGAAGAUGUAUAUAAUAUAGAUAAUGUUCUAGAAGAAGCUAAGGAAACAAGUCGUGAAAGACAUCACAAUAAACACCACGAAAGGUUACAAGAUAAGGAAAUCAUUACAGAAUUAGACGAAGGAGCACUAUCAAAGUCUUUAAAUAAAGUUAAAAAAAUGUAUAGAGAUUCGACCGCGUCAGCGGUUAAUAAGCUUAGUGGCAAGGGUUUAAAAAACGGUAUAUUUUUGACAGAGAAUUGUACUACUGUUAUAGCUCAAAUAGGAACAACAGCAAUAUUACACUGCGAAGUUAGUGAUAUAACAGAGAACACGGUGACGUGGAUAAGACGGAAAGAUUACUCGCUGUUAUCCGUCGGUCUCGUCACUUACAGCGCUGACAGUAGAUUCUUUUCAGCUCACGGGAGACAUGUCAAGGACUGGGCUCUGCACAUACGCUUUGCAACGUCGGCUGAUGCGGGCUACUAUGAGUGCCAAGUGCCAACUCAUCCGCCGACUAGUAUCUUUUUUAAGCUCGUUCUUGUCGCCGCUUACGCAGAGAUAGUCGGUGAAUCGGAGAAGAUUAUCCAUGAAGGGUCCAUGUUGAAACUCGUGUGUGUCGUCAAGCGGUCCACUGAGCCACCGUCUUAUGUAUUCUGGUACUUCGAGAACCGAAUGAUUAAUUAUGACCUGAAUGGCGUCAGUGUUCACAAUGGUCGUCAAACAAGUGAACUUAUCAUUGGCAAAGCAGAACCUCGACACUCUGGCAAUUAUACCUGCGUGCCAGCGAAUGCCAGAGCUGCAUCUGUCACCGUACACGUCGUACAAAGUGAAACGCCAGCCGCAAUGCAGCACGGUAACAAUUCAUCAAUGAAAUCUUUUCAUGGGAAUUUAGUGAAAUAUUUAAUACUUCUUUCAUUAUUACUUAAUAUUGUACAAAGUUUAGGAGAAUUCGGAUAACAAUAAUACGAUGUACAGCUAUCGAUGUAAUCCUUUCGGAUAAUGAUGUUUUCUAGUUGAAA